CAGCAGACAGCGACGGGUUAAACUCUGCUAAUAGGAUGAAUGGAUACUGCGGGGAGCAGCGUCUGAUUACACGGACGGCAUCGCAGGGGAGGACGGGACGGGGGGAGGAAGAAGAAGAAGACGCUUCUUCGUCGGCCCCGCAGGCUCCUCGGAGGAAGACAGCGCGCUCGGUGUUUCGUUUGGGUUCUUCAUUUCUGCCGUUUCACGCAGGCGGGGAGCUUCGCCUCUGAGCCGACGGGAGCAGGGACGAACAGCGGAACCGAGACUUAUCCGCUGGGGGAUUUUCUGCGAGAGCGGACGGCUUCUCCUGGUUGGUUUUAAAUGGCCGAGGGCGCCCGACGGGUGACCGCGGAGUAAAAAACCCGCAGCGCGUCGCAGUUCGUGGAGGCUUAAAAAAAGAAGGCGGACUGUAAUUCAUUUUCAGUAAAAAAAAACAAAAAAAAACAAAACGAGGAGAAUAAUCCGUCUGCCUGGAGGAGAGCGGCCGCUGCUCCGGGACGAUUCGGGGUUUGGUUCGUUCCUCCGCGUCGGAGCGAAACAGGCCCGCGGAGACAAAGGCUGUCUUCUGUUCGGACAUCUGUCCGUCUCUGUUUUUGUCUGAUAAGUCUUUUCCGUAGCCGCCAUCAUUCCGUGCUGUAAGGCCGACCCCAAAAUGUCUUCCAAUGGAGACCUCAGCGACCUGGGGAGCUCUGACAGCUUCUGGGAGCCGGGGAACUACAAAAGGACCGUGAAGCGGAUAGAUGAUGGCCACCGGCUGUGCAACGAGCUGGUCAGCUGCUUCCAGGAGAGGGCGAAGAUAGAGAGGAGCUACGCUCUGCAGCUGAACGACUGGGCCAAGAGGUGGAGGGGCGUCGUGGAGAAAGGGCCCCAGUAUGGCACGCUGGAGAAGGCGUGGCACGCCUUCAUGCAGGCGGCCGAUCGGCUCAGCGAGCUGCAUCUGGAGCUGCGGGAGCGGCUGGCGGGCGAGGACAGCGAGAAGGUGCGCAACUGGCAGAAGGACGCCUUCCACAAGCAGAUGAUGGGAGGCUUCAGGGAGACCAAAGACGCGGACGACGGCUUCCGCAAAGCCCAGAAACCCUGGGUCCGCAAACUGAAAGAGGUGGAGUCCAGCAAGAAGAGCUACCAUCAGGCCAGGAAGGAGGAGUGGACGGCGGCUACCAGGGAAACGCACGCCAAGGCCGACCCGUCCAAGUCCCAGGAGGAAGUCCGCAAAUACACGGCCCGGGUGGAGCGCUGCAACCAGGAGGCCGAGAAAGCGAAGGAGCGCUACAAAAAGGCCCUGGAGGAGCUGAACCGCUGUAACCCUCGCUACAUGGAGGACAUGGAGCAGGUGUUCGACCUCACUCAGGAGGCUGAGAGCAAGAGGCUGUGCUUCUUUAAAGACGUCCUGCAGGACAUCCACACACACCUCGACCUGUCCGCCAGAGAGGGGUUCAAAGACCUGUACCGGGACCUGGGUCAGACCAUCCGAGCAGCCAAUGACACUGAAGAUCUCAGAUGGUGGAGGAACACCCACGGACCGGGCAUGAGCAUGAACUGGCCACAGUUUGAGGAGUGGUCUCCGGAGGCGAGUCGCUCCAUCAGCAGGAAGGAUCGAGGCAGACACUCUGAGGAGAACGUGGUCACCCUCACCAACAUCGUCUCCUCGGGUGGAGACGGCGUCCCGCCGAGUCCCAUCGCCCUGGACACCGGCAGGGUGAAAGAUUAUUCGUCAGACUGGUCAGAUGAGGAAAGUCCCAAGAAGGUGCCGGCGGUGAACGGCGUUGGGGAGGGGGAGGACGAGGAGGAGCAGGUAGAGGGGGUGCAGGUCCGAGCGCUCUAUGAUUACAUGGGCCAGGAGGCCGAUGAGCUCAGCUUUCAAGCAGGCGAGGAGCUGCUGAAGCUGGGUGAAGAGGACGAGCAGGGCUGGUGUAAAGGACAGCUGAGCAGCGGCCAGGUCGGCCUCUACCCCGCCAACUACGUCCAGGUCAUUGCGUCCUGAUGGCCCGCCCUCUCCGGUCAUCCACCCAAUGGUACAACUACACUCAAGAUGCCAGGACCAAUCAAAAGCUACUAGUGCUGACAUGUAGACACCUUGUUUUUUUUUGGGGGGGGGGGUUACUGGCUGUAAAACUCGUCAGAGUUUGUUUUUGUUGUUUUAAAUUUAAAAAAAAAAAAGAUUUUUUCUCUUGUUUUUUGAGCUUCACUUUUGACAAUCAGCCAGUGUCCGCUUGUUGUGAAAGGCUGUUUACUCAGCCUGAGGCCAACGACAUUGUUGUUUUGAAAGAAGCUUUCCAGGCGAAGCGAAAUCUCCGAAGGCCCGCAACCACGAACGGACAGUAGCCUGUAGAAAAACACGGACGCAAUUUCUGUGACGUCACCCAUGGAUUUUUCUGGUGGGUCCUGGAUUUUGGUGUCCUGCUUGCUGCCAUCAUUUUCAGUCACUAGAAUCUAAAAAUCCACAUGUAAUCGAAGAGGACACAGUCUGGGUGGAGCAAGGAGCAGCCACAAUAGCUGAAAAGUCUGUCAAGUCAAUCAAACACACCCCCAAAACAUGCUUCUGUUUAAAGAAAUAGUUCGACGUGGGAAAUUCGCUUUUUCACUUUCUUUUGGAGUUAGGUGAGAAAAUCGGUACUGCUCUCAUAUCUGAUACAGCUCAUAUAAGGCUAAAGACAACUAGCCCGACUCUCUCCGAAGGUAACAGAAACUGCCUACCAGCAUGUCUAAAGCUCACCGAGUUAAAAGCUAAAGCCGGUUUGUUAAUCCGUACAAAAACUCAAAUGUAAAAGCGAUAAUUUGUGAUUUUUACAGGCGUUUUAGAGGCGCUGGUGGACGGAUUUUGUUAUCGUUGGACAGAGCCAGGCUAACUGUUUCCCCCCCGUUUUCCAGUCCUUGUGCUAAGCUAAGCUAACCAGCUGCUGGGUGUAGUCUCAUACGAGGAAUGAGAGCGGUACGGAUCUUCACAUCUGAUUCCUGGCAGGAAAGUGAAUCAGCAUAUUUGCCAAAAUGUUGAAAUAUUUUUUUUAAGCCUUAGUAAAUCUCACCGUAAAUCAACCUCUCAAGGAAAUCGAAACAAAAAGAUCAGAGACUUUGGGACUUCUUCAGUAGAUUUCAGAGCAGUCUUUGGGUUUUCCUGGACCCGGGGGUCCAGUUAGAGGCCGUUAGAGGAACUGCAGCGGGAGGCACCUCUCCAUCGUCUCUUCUCCGCUCGGCGGUGGCGCGGUGGUCGCCCGCUUGAAUCGGCGACAUGAAAAGACUUCUCAGUGCCUUCGUCGAUGAGGCCAGAAAUGUGCAGCAGCGCCACCCGGCUGUCUGACCGAAGAACUACGGCCGUCUGCUGGGUCACGACCUGCCCGCGACCUCUAGUCUGAUCCCAGUAGAAACCAGUAGAUGUUAAAAAGUCUUAACUUUGAUUGUGCAAGCAGCACUUUAUCAUGUCCCCUCGCAGUUAGUUAGCUUGAUAAUGUAUGCUUUGUUUUUUUUUUUUUGUAGAUUUUUAGGUGUUACACUGAAUUCACUUCUGUUCCUCCUUUUUUUUUUUUCUCUCUCUUACUGUGAUACCUGUACGUUUAAUAUUAGGUCAACUGAUUUUCCUUACGGAUGCUGUAAAUGUAUGGUGACAUUUUUUAAGAAUAGCAUUUUUACAGUCAAAUCAAUGACUUUUCUAAUUUAUUUUCCUCUUUAAUUUAGCAAUCAUUCUUCAUUUGAACUAGACUCACUAAAGCAGGGAGAGUGAACUGACUGUUAGAUUUGGGUCAUCUAACCUUUCGGAAGGUGGUGUGUCGCUAGUUAGCUUGUUUUUUUUUUUUUUGCUGUGCUGGGAUCAUGAAGCACACGCACCUCAAAUGUCUAAAAUAAGCGAUAACAUUUUGUCCGGUUUUGUGUUUGCAUGUUCGUGUGUGUGUGUGUGUGUGUGAGCGAGCGUCUUCCGCGCUGCUGAUCUGAGUAUCGCUACAGCUAACCCACGCAGACGCCCAAAUAGUAAGAGAGAUAAUACAGAAAUUAACGCUGCUCCUUCGGUCCUUGCUUUUCUUUCCCCAAAAUCAUGUACAGUACAUAAAGUGGGAGGCAUUAAUAAAAGAGCUUUCUGCAGUUGGAAGUUU